GCUGAACUCUUCCCUCCAGUGCCAGCUGAGCUGGUUGGAGCAGGCCAGGAGCAAAGGCUCCAAGGAAAACCACAAUAUUUUGGGAGCAGUGAUGAGGCAGGGAGAGUCAGAGGGAGCCUUUGGAUUCAGCAUUUUCUGCUGGGGCCUCAGCAGAGCCCAGGAGUUAAUCAUUCAAAUAUGCUUAUGUGUAACUAAUCUCUGCAGGACAAUGAGCUGAGGAAUUAUUGAAUGCAAUUGAAAUGGGGCAGAGUGGUUGCUAUAAAAAGGGUGUCCUGAGCCAAUGGGAGCCAGCAGGCUCCUAUAAAAGUGGGUGGGGAAGGAAAAGCAGCUGGUGGAAAGAGAUCCCCAAAAUCCCCAAGUGUGUCCUGAGCUGCCUUUGCUUGGGCAGAGAUCCUCCUGAGCUGCUGGAAAUCAGGCUGAGCCCUUCUCCUAGCACUGCUGAUCCCUGUGGGGUAUGUGGGAAGGGCUGGAUCUGCCUGGAAUCACCUGGUGGAGCCUCAGAAGAUGAAAUCCUGCAGUGCUACCUUAAUUUAUUUGGGAUUGGGAUCCCCAUGGCACGUGCACUAGAGGAUACUUUGGAGUAGGAGGUGUUUUGGUCCUUCCCAAGAUGGUGGGGAAGCUGAAGCAGAACCUGCUGCUGGCGUGCCUGGUGAUCAGCUCGGUGACCGUGUUCUACCUGGGCCAGCACGCCAUGGAGUGCCACCACCGCAUGGAGGAGCGCGGGCAGCCCCCGGCGCGGGGGGACGGCGCCAGGGCCACGCCGGGGACAGCCCCUGCUGGCAGUGGCAGUGCCAACAGGAGCCUGCCCUACAGCAAGGACAUGCCCCUGAUCUUCAUCGGGGGCGUCCCCCGCAGCGGCACCACGCUGAUGCGCGCCAUGCUGGACGCGCACCCCGACAUCCGCUGCGGGGAGGAGACCAGGGUGAUCCCCAGGAUCCUGGCUGUCAAACAGAUGUGGGCCAGGUCCAGCAAGGAGAAAAUCCGCCUGGACGAGGCCGGGGUGACGGAUGAGGUGCUGGAUUCGGCCAUGCAGGCCUUCCUGCUGGAGAUCAUCGUCAAGCACGGCGAGCCCGCUCCCUACCUGUGUAACAAGGAUCCCUUCGCUCUAAAAUCCUUGACUUACCUGGCCAGGAUCUUCCCCAACGCCAAAUUCCUGCUGAUGGUGAGGGACGGCCGUGCCUCCGUGCACUCCAUGAUCUCCAGGAAGGUCACCAUAGCUGGCUUUGACCUGAACAGCUACAGGGACUGCCUGACCAAGUGGAACCGGGCCAUCGAGACCAUGUACAACCAGUGCAUGGAGGUGGGCUUCCAGAGGUGCAUGCUGGUGCACUAUGAACAGCUGGUGCUGCACCCCGAGAGGUGGAUGAGGACUCUCCUCAAGUUCCUGCACAUCCCCUGGAACCAGGCAGUGCUGCACCACGAGGAGAUGAUUGGAAAAGCAGGGGGGGUUUCUCUUUCCAAGGUUGAAAGAUCCACUGACCAAGUGAUCAAGCCAGUGAAUGUGGAAGCCCUGUCCAAGUGGGUGGGGAAGAUCCCAGCUGAUGUCCUGCAGGACAUGCCGGUGAUUGCCCCCAUGCUGGCCAAACUGGGCUAUGACCCCUAUGCCAACCCCCCCAAUUAUGGGAAGCCAGAUCAGAAAGUGGUGGAAAACACGAGGAGGGUCUAUAAAGGUGAAUUUCAGCUUCCUGACUUCCUCAAAGAAGUGCCACAGCCAAAGAAGACAGUAGAAAGGAAGUCUCGUGGCAAGAUAAAAUGAACGUGGAGCAGUAAAGUGGCAUAGCUGGAGAUAGGGAGGUUCCUGCUAAACUCCAGGAGACUGAACCUAUGGAAUAGAAGAUAAAGUGGACAUUUCUUGCACAGAAGAAGAUCAGCUGCUGCCUUUUCCAUGGGAAUGAUCCUUCAGGCCUGUCCCCCUGGCAUCAGAGGUGUGCUGCUCAUGGCCUGCUCUCUUCAGAAUGUUCUCCUCUUUCUUUCAUCUGUUUUUGUUCCAAAUUUUGCUGUUGUGAGCGCAUGUAAACCUGUUAAAAAACAACAAAAAAAAUCACUGAUGUUAAUGUAGAACUGCAUUACAUUCGCACAACUAUUUUUUUUAAGGUUUUGAAAAAUGCAAAAGCAAUGACUGUCUCUGAAAUUGCUCCUCUGUUUUAAUUAGAGGGCUUCUCUUCAAAUUUUUUUGUUUCCUGUAGCGGUUUGGUUUUAAAUGUACAAAGCUUUCAAGAGUGGUCUGUGCUUGUCCUGAAAGAUUCUUGGUGGAAAAGUUGUUUGUUUUAUUCAUAUGUGAAAAAUGUUAAAUAUCUUUUAUUUAAAAAGAAAAAAAAGUUGAUAAAUUACAUGUACAAUUACAAUUCAAUGAUCUUUUGUAUUUUAUUUUUCAAAAUAAAUGCUUUAAAUGUGA